AUUAUGUCCACAUCACUGGAAGAUUUGAAAGAACUAGCGAAUAUCUUUAUUUUACUAUUUAUCAACGUUGCAAGUGACUGUAUUUCAUCGUAGUUGUUAACUAGAACAUUGAAGAUCCCAGUUGUAUCCUCUGCUUCCUGCAGCGCUUCCCUUGGCUUUUACGGCACUCGUGGUUUGGCAUCCGGGUUGACUUGGUACCCUGUUCAUCAUGUCUCAGUCUCGCUUAGUUGUAGACAGUAAUCCAGUGGGCUUUAAGUCUAGGCUCUCUGCAAGAAUCAGCUGGAGAACUGCUGUGAUAGUCGGAAUUCCUCUUGGCAUCGCUGGAUUAGCACUGUAUCUUCAUUACAUCAGAAAUAAAAAGCAAACGCGUGCAACAGAACUUACACCUGAGACACCUUUAGAGGCUGCUUUAGCAUUAAAGCUGAAAGGAAAUAAAUUUUUCAAAGGUGGACAAUACGCUCAAGCAAUCAGUCUGUACGAUGAAGGACUUGCAAAAUGCCCUGUAGAAGCAGUUCAAGAACGUGCUGCAUUCUAUCAAAAUCGUGCAGCAGCUAAAGAGAAUCAACGCCAGUAUGAAUCAGCUAUUGAAGAUUGUUCUCUUGCGUUGUCAUUAUCACCGAAUUAUUUAAAGGCAUUAAAUCGUCGAGCACAUUUAUAUGAAAAAUUAGAAAAAUGGGAUGAAUGCCUAUUAGAUGUUACAGCGUGUUGUAUUUUUGAAAAAUUCAAAAAUGCUGAUAAUAUCGUUUGUAUGGACCAGAUCCUUAAAAAAAUUGGACAGCAGAAAGCUCAAGAAGAGCGCGCUAAAUUGUUACACGAGCUACCCUCAGCUUCAUUUAUCCGUAACUAUUUAAGCGCUUUUGCAUGUAAUCCAUUCGUUGCUAUAAAUCCACAAGUAUGUAAAAAAAGUUCCAGAUCUGAAAGUACAACUAACGGUACAACAGCUACCGAUGAGCAUGUAUCAUCAGAUAGUUCAAUUAUUAUUAAUGAUAAUAAUUUAUACGAUCCAUUAAAUUAUAAAGAACCUGUUCAAUCAGCUCUUAAAACGUUAAAUGCAUCAUUGGAUUAUAUGUCUAAAGGUGAAUAUGCUCAAUCAGCUGAAUAUGUUAUGAAAGCUGUUUCAUUAUUUGAAUCUGUGCUGUCUGAAAAGUCAUUUGAUAGUGAUGCCAAAGAUUAUCUGAUCUCUCCGGUGGGUGAUAAAAGGGACACAUUGAAUCAUGAUCUAACAAAACCUGGCAACGGUGAUGAUGAUGAUAAUGAUGAUGUUUCUCGGAAAACAAACGGUCAUGACGAAAACAGCAACACCGAGGAGGAAAAUAAUACUGUCACAAAGCCUGGGACACCACUAGCCACAAACCCCGAUGGUAAUGAUACCAUUACUUGUACUAGUGAUACGGAGACUAGUGAAUCUGUAAAAGCGCAUAUUAAAGAAGUAUACAAUCAAGCCUUAUUAUUACAUGCAACUUAUCAAGCAUUAGCUGGUCGGUCUGAAGAGGCAAAAGAACGCUUUCAAGCUAUUGGUGCUAGUGAUUCAGGCGCUUCGUUGUUAGUUCGUGUGAAUGCACUAAUUAAGUGCGCUUGUCUAUCAAUGUCUGUUGAUCAGGAUGUUGCCGCAUGCCUGUAUGACUUUCAGCGUGCACAAAGUGCUUGGUCUGAAUGUCCAGAUGUUUACUUACAUCGUGGUCAAAUCAAUCUGUUAUCUGAUCAAUUAGAUGAAGCUUUGCAUGACUUGAAUAUGGCUGUGAAAUUGAAACCAGAGUUUUCAGUUGCUCAGGCUCAACGGUUGUAUACUCUUUAUCGAUGUGCAUUGAGUUCUGGAGAUAUGAGUAAAGUGAAUUCUCGUGUAGAUGAAUUUCGCCGAUUAGUGAAAAAGUAUCCCAGUUGCCUUGAAACUCAUUCAUUAUUUGCUCAGAUUUUGACAGAACGUGGUGAAUUCGCUGAAAGUGAUAAAGUCUUUGCUGAUCUGAUCUCUCUUGCACCAGAUUCAGGCUUGGCCUAUGCUCAUCGUGGCCUGUUACAACUUCGAUGGAAACAAGAUCGUGAUGCAGCAUAUCGCUUCUUUUUAGAAGGUACUAAAAAAGAUCCAAAGUGUGAAUUAAUCCAUGAGCUGCUGGGUCAGUUGGCUGUUGAAAAAGGUCAAUUCAAUGAAGCGCUGAAACAUUUUGAUAUUGCUGUUAAACAGGCUAAAACACAAAAUGAUUUAGCGCAUUUAGUUGCCUUACGUGAAGGUGUCAAUGCUCAAUUGAAAGUAUGCGAAAAAUAUAAAAUAUCUAUACCAGAUGUAGUCGCCAGUAUACAACAAGAACAACAAAGAUUUCUAAUGGGUAUGCAAGGUGGAAGUGUAUAGAAAAGAGAAAAAAUAAACAAGGACUGUCUUUACUCUCCUUCUUUGUUAUUUUAAACUCCUCAUAUUGUUGUUGGUUGCUUAGUUGUUACUAGGCCCUUUUCUCAUUUUCAUCUUUUCUCUCAAGUUUGGUUUGUGUUUGUAGAAAAAAAAGGAAAAAAGACAAUCAUUCCAUUACAGUAUGUUUCCUCUGUACGGUGUGUCUCUCUGAGAGUCUUUUUUUUCGCCUGCUUUGUUCAUCCUGUUCCACAUGAUUUCAUUGUGCUCCACCACCAUCUCAUUUUUAAGUAUAUUCAUCAUCGAAUACUCGAAGCCAAACCCAGGGAAGUAGUCAUUCAACCGCAGGAGCAGCAGUAAUAACUAUUGGUGCUCAUUCCCCUAGUAUGUCAUCCAUGUGUACAGCCUGCGUGUGUGAAUGUGUGUGUUGACGGUUGUGUAUUUUACUUCUUAUCUCAUUCUCUGUGUUCUCUCGUCUUACAGUCAUGUAAUAUUUACUUGAAUCUUUUUUUAAAGAAGUCUUUUCCUGUAACUCCUAGAACUCAUGUAGUGAACCUAUUCCACCCACAAAGGGGGGGGGAUAAUCAUAUGUAACUAAGUUAUAAAACAUUUAACAGUAUAUUUUAAUAGUUAUUUAAAUAUUAUCCAUUAACUUGGUGUACUACUCUUGUCCAUUGUUCAUAUUACUUAUUUGAUGAUUGUAUAACUGUUCCGAAAAGACAAAAAAUAGCACCAAGAUUUAUGAGGAAUUGGCGAAUGCAGUAACUGACCCAUUACUCACUCUUAAUUACUUACUGGACGGAUGGAUGGAAUUCCACAGAUAAUAUAUAGGCAUAAUCUCUCUCUCUAUCUUUAUCCGAUGUGUGUUGAUGGGUGUUUUUGUUGUUGUUUGUUUCGUUGGUUUUCCCCACUUUCGUUCUUCACACCAUCAUCAUCAAAGAAGGUAUUUGAGUAGAAGACGGAAGUGUGUGGAAAUGUAUUUAUAUACCUCUAUCUCUCUCUCUAGCCUAAAAAUUAAAACAAAAAUUUAUGAGAUUCCUUCUUUUUAAAGCUAAACUUUACCCCGUAAUAAAUUUUGAUUUUUUAGUUUAUGGGAUCUUUUUGUAAGCUUUUGGAUUGAUUUCAUUUGUCAGACUUUGUCAUGAAUUAACUCAUCAUUGAAG